UGACUCCUAUAUUAUGUUUUAUAUUAUUAUAAUUUACAAUAUUAAAUGAAGUAUUUACUUACUAAUCAUAUACAAAUAAUGCAAACAUUAUAUGUAUUUACUGUAAAUAUAUGAGUAUCUAUUUAUUUUAAUAUAGCUGUGAAAUUUGUUUUGCUUUUAAGAAUGAGGUGUUCAGUGCCGGGUUGUAAGAACGAUUCUAGAUAUAUUUCCAAAUCUCAGGGCAUUACGUUUCAUAUAUUCCCCUACGAGAGUACACUGCGGACUGCUUGGCUGCAGGCAGUCGGCAAGCAGCACUGGGAACCGAAGGAGAGGAGCGCAGUUUGCUCCGAACACUUCCUCUGUGAAGACCUGUACGAGACCAAGAGUGGCCUGAGGAAGGUCCGAGCUGGAGCUGUACCUAUCAUUGUACAGGAUUCAAGCAAUGGUGAUUAUGGAAAAACAUCUGGUUUGAAGGUCUGCAGAAUCUGCUUAGAGAUGACCACCAAGUUAUUCCCAAUGAAGAAAUACAAGUUGGUGCAGGCGUAUCAAUAUGUGACUGGAUUGACGGUAUGCGAAGAGGACCGCCUGCCAAGGAAACUGUGUGGUGAAUGCGCGCACCGUCUUCUCAGCUGCCACAGCUUCAGGAACAAGAGUCUGCGCGCCAACAAGCUGAUGGUAGAACUCCUUAACAAACACGACAAUCUAACCGUUGAUAAUCUAAAAACCAUAGAUCGGCUUAACAAUCAGCUAAUAUCGAAACUAGAAAUCAAACACUACACUCCCGACUACACUGACUUGCACAUAGAAGAUAAAGAAGAGAUAAAGGAGAUAAAAGAAGAGGAAGAAGUAAACAUACAAGAUGAGGUAGUAAAGAAUGAAAUUAACAGUGAAAUAUUUGUAGACGAAUUCGUAGAAGAGAAUAAAAUCAAUGAUACAAUUGAUGAUUUUGAUGCAGACUACAUUCAAACAGAGAAGGAGUAUUCCACUGAUGAUAGUUUACCAUUAGAAAGGAGAAGGGAGAAGAAGAAAAAGAAGAAAGUAGUGAAAAGUGUGAGAAAGAAACAAGUGAAAGAUCCCACGCAACCGAAAAUUGACAGGCGAAGGAAACCGUUCCUUAAUGAUGAUUUGAAUGAAACUUUAUUUACAAUAACUAAUUUAUCUUUUGAGGAACAAGUGGCUGAGAUCUUGAAGCGACAAGACAGCGCUAAUUAUAAGAAUUCAGUGUUUAAAUGUAUUGAAUGUUAUAAGGGAUUUUUGGAUAAAGAAGCGUAUAAUUCACAUAUGAGUCGGCAUACGAAUCAAUGCGGCGAUUACCAAUGUGAUAUAUGCAAAACUCACUUCAAACAUCCGCACGCGUUAAGAAAGCAUAUAACUGCACACCACACGCAACGGUUCAGCUGUAACCGGUGUCCGUACGUCACAACACAUAGACAGACAGCCAGACUGCACGAGAGGUGGCACAAGGGGACCAAAUACCAGUGUCCACAUUGUCCUGAUGAGUUUCAGAAAUUCACAACGUACAUGGGCCAUAUACGUAUAAAGCAUCCAUCUGACUUUGUCUGCCAACUGUGUGGGUAUUCGUUUGUGAGCGAGAAAGGUAUACAGCUUCAUAAAAAGUUGAAGCAUAGAUUAGAUAACGAACAGAUUCCAGAAGACGGUCCAUACUGCGAGCAAUGCAACGUCCGUUUCGUCUCAGCCGAGGCUUUAAAGCGUCACAUAGUGGUAUCAGCUCGUCAUGCAGACGAGGAUAAAGAAGCUAACAAGCCCAAGAGGGGACGGAAGACCAGAGACGUGUUAGAGAAGGAGAGAACCGCGAAAGAGAAGGUGGACGAUGAUAAGAAGGUGUACCCAAGUCAGAUGAGGAAAGCCGAAGGUCCUAUACCUUGUGAACAGUGUGGUCUACAGUUGGAGGACUCGCGCGCGUACCACGGCCACUUCCGCCGGAUGCACCCGGACAAGAAUCGAACCAAGUACCCGUCGAUGAAGUCGCCCUGCAUGUGCGAAGUUUGCGGUAGAAUGUUCCAGAGUUACGCGCUGCUAAAGGAUCAUCGGUGGACUCACACUGGGGAGCGUCCGUUCGCAUGCGAGUCGUGCGGGAAGUCGUUCCGGAUGAAGCAGAGACUCGUGGCACAUCGCCGCGUACACUCGCAGCACAAGGCCAGCUACGGCUGCUCGCUCUGCGGGAAACACUUCUCCACGCACAGCAACAGACAGCGGCACAUGUUUAUCCACACUGGACUGAAGCCAUUUAAAUGUGAGAUGUGCGGGAAAGGAUUCAAACAUGCAAGCGAGAAGCGCGCCCACAUCACCUAUGUCCAUCUGAAGAAACCCUGGCCGAAACGGACCAGGGGCAAACGGCGGCCGGAUGCUCGGACGGGACAGAUGCCACCGCAGCCAUCUGUGCCAACGAGUGCGAGCGAGAUGGACAUAGCUCAACCGUUGUGGCCCACCUGCGACCCGAAACUGGGCGAGAUCAACCCCAUGAUGGAAGAUAAACCUAUGUAUUAUAACUUAAAGAUAUAGUGAUACUAGUGGCCCGCCCUGGCUGCGCCUGCGUGCUUGUAACUUUGCUAAUGAUGGAGGCUUGAAGGUCUACUUUCGAUGAAAUAUUGGUCUGGAUCGGUCGAGCCGUUUUGGAGGACUGUCGUUAUAAAGAGUGCAAAUCUGAUCUCUAAAAUUGCCGAAGUGUGAGUGCAGUUGGAUGGAUGUUUGUUACAUAUACCAAAAUAACAUUUUUUACAAUUUUUAUCUGUCUGUCUGUUUGUUCCGGUUAAUCUCUGAAAUGGCUGGACCGAUUUUGACGGUACUUUUUUUUUGCAGUAGCUGAUGUAAUAAGAAGUAACUUAGACUACUUUUGUUUUAGAUAAAUAAAGUUAAAUUCCACGCGGACGAAGUUGCGUGUACAGCUAUUUAAUAAAUAUAUAUAUUAUAUAUGUAUAUAUAUUUUUCACU